CACUCUCAUUUUUUUAUGCAGGUAUACUAUUAUUAGAUUAAGAUUUACACAAUUUUUUCCUCUGUUAUCUCUUUUUAGGUAAAAAAAAAAAAUAGAGAAUUCAUGAUGGGCUGGCCGAAUCACACCUUCAGUAGCGAUUUCACACUUUUGGGACUGUUCUCUUCUUCCCCAACAAGUCUGGUCUUCUACUCACUUAUAUUUGUCAUUUUCAUUAUGAGUGUAACAGAAAAUGCCUUCAUGAUUCUCCUUAUUUGCAGUGACUCACGACUCCACACUCCAAUGUAUUUUCUGCUCCGCCAUCUCUCCGUUAUGGAUAUCUUGCAUGUUUCCAACAUCGUUCCCAAAAUGGUCACUGACUUUCUGUCAGGCAGCAGAACGAUUUCACUUGCAGGUUGUGGGUUCCAGGUGUUUCUGUCCCUCACCCUCCUGGGUGGUGAGUGCCUUCUCCUGGCUGCAAUGUCCUAUGAUCGCUAUGUGGCCAUCUGUCACCCGCUGCGCUAUCCGAUUCUUAUGAAGGAGUAUGCCAGUGCUCUCAUGGCUGGAGGCUCCUGGCUUGUUGGGGCUUUCAACUCCACAGUCCACACAGCUUACACACUGCAGUUUCCCUUCUGUGGCUCUCGGGCAAUCGAUCACUUUUUCUGUGAAGUCCCUGCCAUGUUGAAGUUAUCCUGUGUAGAUACAACACGCUAUGAACAAGGGGUUUACGUAAGUGGCAUGAUCUUCCUGCUGAUCCCUUUCUCCUUGAUCUCUGCUUCUUAUGGCCAGAUUGUUCUUACUGUCCUCCAGAUGAAAUCCUCAGAGGCAAGGAAAAGGUCAUUUUCCACUUGUUCUUUCCACAUGAUUGUGGUCCUGAUGUACUAUGGGCCAUUUAUUUUUACGUAUAUGAGACCUAAAUCAUACCACACUCCAGGCCAGGAUAAGUUCCUGGCAAUAUUCUAUACGAUCCUCACACCCUCACUCAAUCCUAUAAUCUACAGCUUUAGGAAUCAAGAUGUUCUGGCUGCGAUGAAAAAUAUGCUCAAAAGCAAGUUUCUGCAUGAAAAAUAAAUAGGAAAAUUCCUGAAUGUGUGUUCUAUUUCUACAUUAAAUACCUGAAGGAUACUCAUGAUAGGUUUUCUAGAAAGACAAUCAUAGGUUUUCUAGAAAGACAAUCAAGGCUUCUAUCUUGUCCAUAUGGAAAGAAGUGAAUAUUUCAGAAACCUUGUUAAUAAUGGAUAAUAACGUGUUUGUGUUGUAAACACAUACCUCUAAAAAUGUAUUCUUCCUUCUGUGGUACCAAUUAUAAUCAUGCAGCGGUUACAGGAAGCAAAAAUUACCCAAGGCGUCCUACUCCCUAAUACUAAAAUUGUAAGACUUGAUAAGAAUAUCUUUAAAAAUACAAUCACACAUCCAUUGUUUAUUAAAAUAAUGUUUAUUUUCAUAAAACUUUGUAAAAUUAUGUUGCUAAAAAUCAUUUAUCAAAAAUUCACAAAUUUGAUGUGAAAUCUCCAUUAUUCUUUGCUUGGUUUGUGAACACCUUUGUUUAGUAAAAUUUUAUAUAUAUACAUAUAUAUGCACACACAUAUAUACGUACACACAUAUACAGAUAUAAGUAGUGUUAAAAUUGAAUUACUCAUCCUAUGCUAGAAGCAACUAUACAAUA